UGAGCCGUCGUCCAAUCAAACAGCGCUCCUUGUUCAAAAUACAGCAGUAACGAAGCUCUCUGCUGCGCUGCUAUCAACAACAGACAUUUUGACGCACAUCAGGCAAUUUGUGAUUUUCAUAAUGGCAGAAGGAGAGGAUGUGGAUUGGGAGCUCUGCAAAGAGAACAUUCAGCCUUUGAGACGUGGGAGAAACAUGUCAGCGUUGCUCCAGGCACUCAGUCAAAGCAAAGAUGGCCCCAGCCCUGCCAUCCUCCAACAGAGACAGGCUUUUGAGGCAGAAUUGCGGCUGUACAAUGGAGACGAUCCACUCGAUGUUUGGGAUCGGUACAUCAGAUGGUCAGAGCAAAUGUUUCCUCAGGGAGGAAAAGGGAGCAACCUGAGCACGCUGUUAGAGCAAGCCGUUACAAGAUACACAGACGAAAAGAAAUAUCACAACGAUCCUCGCUACGUUGACCUCUGGAUCAAAUAUGCGGGGCACUGUUUGGAGCGCUUGGACAUUUACAGGUACAUGAAAGCCCAGGGAAUAGGGACCACCCGGGCGUCCUUCUAUAUCGCCUGGGCUGAGGAGCAUGAGAACCGUGGCGAAUUCCUUAAAGCUGACUUGGUCUUCCAAGAAGGACUUCAAAUGUUUGCCCAGCCUCUUGACAGGCUACAGCAGUUUCACAAGAUGCUGCAGGCUCAAGUGUCCCGACAAGCGAUGAAAAAAGUCGAUGAUAGUGACAGUGACAACGAGUCCAAAGAACCCGAGAGAGUUUCUCUUGCCGAGCUCAAAACACGAGGGAAGAAGGCUGCCGUGCCUAUCGUCAGAACCGGAGCUGCGAUUAAAAGUGUCUCAAGAGGCCUGAGUUUGCGUGCCGAUCCCAUCGAAGAAAGCAGCAGUCACAGCAGCAACAGUAAAUUGGUCAUCUUUGAUGAGACUAAAGCAAGCGCUGCGCCUUCAGAACCAAAAUUCGAGCCUUGGCUGGCUCCUCCUCCUGCAAGGCCAAAGGAAAAUGAAAAAGGGGUGGAGAAAUGGUGCAAUGUGAAGGUGCGGCAGAAGUCUAAAUUUGGACACACAUUGAUGGCUGCACCUCCUCCAAGACCCACUUUCCAACCUUUUGUUGAUGAAUCAGAGACCCCAAAAAUGACGCCGUGCAAGAUCAUACCCACAGUGAACAACAUUUUGUCAGCACGCAAGAGCUGCAGAGACAACGAGACUCCUCUGAAAAAGCUGCUGGAGCAGAAAGAAGGGGAAUCGAGCAAAGAGCUGGAAAAGAGCAUGUACUGUAAAGAGCUACUCUUCAGCGGCACCACCGAAUUCAGCUUAGAGGAACUGCAUGCCGAGCUGUAUUUAAAAAAGAACUCGCAGGUGGCCAGCUUCCCUGACGAACAAUAAAAAUCCACUUAACAAUGUUUUUAAAUUGACAGUUUUAAAGCAUUGGUUGUGGCAGCUAGAGAGUAUGUUAACAUUUGAAAGUGUUUUUUUUUUUUUUUAAACAAAAUGAUGUUUAUUUUUCAUUAAUUUCCAAAACCUUUUUUUUACAACAGUACAGCUUUUUUUUUGCCGGUUAUCUGGGGCCGUUUGCUUUUUGCAUUGUAUGUUGUUAGGCAAUGGUAAUGAAAAAGUGUCUUGGGUCUGCUCCUAUACCUUCUUAGUCAAAUAGCAGAAUGUUCCGGCAUAGUUUCUGUUCUUUAUGUUGUCUCACAACAUUUCCAAUUCAUGAAAAGUUGGGUGCUCAACCACCCUCAAUAAAACUCUUCAUCAGCAAA